UAUGACUGUUGACAACCAACUGACAUUGACAAUCACAAAUAUGUCAGCUGUCAAUGAUAUUUGUUAUUGUUAUUGAUAUUUAAUUUCAAACAAUUCACAAUAUUUAACAUAUUAUACGACAUUCCUAAAAUAAAACAUUUGAUCUAUUUCACUAUGAAUUGGAACAAAUUACUCUGUAAUCGGAAUGAACUACAAUUGCUUGGUACACUAAAUGGCGGUCAAAGUUUCAGGUGGACCUAUAAUAAGGACAAGGAUGAGUGGACAGGUGUAUUUAGUAAAACUGUAUGGAAAUUGAAACACACUGAAGACUGCUUACAUUAUCAAAUUAUUGGUUCAUUAAAAAAACCUCCGGAAAGUAACAUAAAAGCGAAAACGAGUAAAGACAUGUAUAAACUGAAAUAUGAAUAUUUUGAGGCGAUGUUGAAAAAGUAUUUUCGUCUGGAACUCCCAUUAACGAAAUAUUAUGAUGAGUGGUCAGAAAAGGAUGAAAUUUUUAAGGCUGCAUGUAAACAGUUUUAUGGUAUCAGAAUGCUUGCCCAGGAGCCGGUUGAGAAUCUAUUUUCUUUUAUUUGCAGCCAAAAUAAUCAUAUAUCAAGGAUAUCAAGUAUGGUAGAAAAGUUAUGUACUUUUUAUGGUGAAGAAAUAUGUGAAUAUGAUGGUGUAAAAUAUUAUUCCUUCCCUGAUGUCAACAAGUUGUCAGGAUCACAGGUUGAAGCAAAAUUACGUGAACUUGGUUUUGGCUAUCGGGCAAAGUUUAUACAAAAGUCAGCUGCACAAAUUAUUGAAUGGGGUGGCGAGGAAUGGUUUGACACCUUGCAGAACAUGAAAUAUAAAGAAGCCAGACAAGAACUUAUGAAACUAUGUGGCAUUGGGCCAAAGGUAGCAGAUUGCAUAUGCUUAAUGUCCCUAAACCAUCUAGAAGCAUUACCAGUGGACACUCAUGUGUAUCAGAUAGCUGCACACAACUACUUACCACAUCUGAGGGGAAAGAAAAAUGUUACUGAUAAAAUGUAUACAGAGAUUGGUGAUCAUUUUAGACAACUUUACGGUGACAUGGCCGGUUGGGCUCAUACUGUGUUAUUCUGUGCCGAUUUGAAAAAGUUUCAAACAGACACAUCUGAUACAGAAAACAGUAAACCUAAAAAGAAAAGAAAAAAAUAAUACAGUUUAUUAAGUAUUCAUAAGCUUAAGUUAAAUAUAAAAGUAUAAAAAAUCUC